GUGUGCUUGCUGACGUUUACGCAGUUUGUGACGCGCUCGGCAGACGCGUGCCCAGAGAUGUGAGUGUAAAAUUGCGAAAUUAAGGAUAGUCUUUAGCAGGAAAUGACAUCUGGCGAAUGGGAUCUGUGUGCGCUGAAAGCGCUCGAGGAAGAGGAGCAAAAGGAGUUUCUGGCACUCAGCCAGAGGAAUCUCUUUGAGGCGCCCCUUCCAACAGGUGGUCCUGAAAAUGGCAGCAUUAGCUUGGCCAAUGCGAAUGCUAAGCCAGCCCUGACCUAUGCGCAACUGCAUCCACAUCUUCUCAAGUUGCCCACCAUCGAUGAAUGCCAGCUGAUAGCCACCAAACGUCAUUCGCCAGGCAGUGUGGCCAGCAGCGCCCGCUUAAAGUUUUCCCGCGCGCUCUCCCUUUCAGCGCACUCCCUGUCACCGCGAGCUGGUAGCGUUGGCGGCAUCGGCGGCGGUGGCGGUGUCGGUUUUGGCAAGAAACUCAAGGCACGUCUUGUGGGUGCCAAAUCUAGCGGAUCGCUGUCACCGUCCCGCCACUCUCAUAGCUACAGUGUCUCACCCGUGUAUACUCCACCGCCAAUGCGGCGCUGUGCCACGCUGCAUCACACGCAACCGGUACGUAAAACCUUCAAGACGCUGCAACAGUUGGAGCGUCAGAAGCGUCAGAGUCAUGCAACGCAGGCGUCGACGCCGCCGCAGUUGCAGCGUAUAAUGGGCACCAACAAAACAUAUUGGAAGUACGGCGCCAACUCUACGGCCGCCUCAAUUAUUGGUCAGCGGGCGCGAUUGCAGCAGCAAGAACAGCAGCCGAGCGAACUGGAGUCCACCACCUCGGACGAACCUAAUGUGGAGACACUGGAAUCUGAAGCAGCCGACAGCGCCACAGAGACGGGCUCGUGCAGUGUGCCGUUGCCGCCAGCGGACUCCAAUGAGCUGCUGCGUCUUAGCCUAAUGUUAACCGCAGCCAGCUCGGCUGUGACUGUGACUGCCUCAGCAGCGGCAGCAGCAGCAACUGGUGGGCCAGGCAGGCGCUAUCAGGCCCACGGCGUUGGCGAGGACGAUGUCAAUGCCGAAACUGUUGCUUACGAAGCUUUUCACAGGCCCAAAAGCUUUGAGCACUCGCUCUUACGUGGUGCUAACUUAACAUUAACAGCGCAAGAGAGUCACAGUCCUGGCCCGAGCCCCAGCCGCAAUCGGCCAAUGCAAUCCACAGGCGGCAAGCGCAUAUUAAAGUCCACUUCCCUGGAGGCGGCCGCUACGGGGGAUGGUGCUGUUGACUAUCAGCAACAGCAACAACAGCAACAGAUUAUUGGUCAGCCGCUGGCCAUGAUGGGCAUGACAGCCGCCACAAAUCAGCUGGCUGAGAGUCAAACAGCCGAAGCUCGUUAUCUGCCACGGGAACGAGAAGGCGAUUGGGAGCACGGAUUGGGACGUAAGCAAGUCAAAUAUCAUCAGGAUUUGAGCGUUGCCUGCUAUGGGCAUAAGGUGACGCUAGCCGGCGCCACCAUUGAAGAUGAGCUGGAACAUCAUAUCAAGCAUUGCUCAUGCUCCUGCAAUCACAUGGGCUACGGCAAUUCAAUGGACUACCAGACAACCGGGUUUGGCGGGCUGCCAGACGUAACGGAGCACUCGAACAUACGCCGUACACUCUCCCGCCAGAACUCGAUCUCUAACAGUGAUUCAGGCGGAGAGAUUGCCAGCAUCCAGAAGUCCAAGGGCUUUGGCAGUGCGAUGACGGGCGGAGUCGUCGUUGGCAGCGAUAUCGCUGGAAUCGCUCUCGAAACAAAGUCGCCCACCUCUUUGGCAACGGAAGCGGCAGCGACAGCCGGUGGCUCCGGCAAAGCAAAGGGAAAGACUACCCGCAAGGCAAGAAACAGCUCAGGCGCCGCCCACAAGACGCGACGCGGCUCUUGGAUGGUGGCUCUGACCCUGGUGAGCGCCAUCUGCCUGCUGGCUAUAGCAGCUACACUGGCCUACCAACACUUUCUUAUGUCGCCCAGUCGAAACUCUCACGCGCAAAGACUACGAAUCGUUAGGCGCAUCCUACGUGAAGUACCGCUCGUCGACGGACACAACAACUUUGCCUGGAACGUGCGCAAGUACGCGCACAGUAGCCUGGAGCUGGUUCAUCUAAGCCACGACCUUGAUCACAAGUCGAUGUGGGCACGCCCGACGUGGGCGCAAACAGAUAUGGAACGACUUAAGCAAGGACUUGUCGGUGUGCAGGUCUGGUCUGCAUACGUGCCAUGCGAGGCGCAGGGCUUGGAUGCGGUCCAGCUGGCACUGGAGCAAAUCGACAUUGUGCGGCGGCUGUCUGACAUGUAUGCAAGAGAUACGGUGUUGGCGACAUCCUCGCAGGAGAUAGUGGCCACGCACAGGCGCGGCCUCCUGGCCUCGCUGAUCGGCAUCGAGGGGGGCCACACAAUCGGCUCUUCACUGGGCGUGUUGCGCUCUUUCUAUUCGCUGGGUGCACGCUACCUCAGCCUGACGCAUCGCUGCGAUGUGUCCUGGGCUGGGUCAAGUGCCUCCCCACUGGAGCAGGGCCUGUCGCCCUUUGGCAAGGCCAUUGUGCGGGAAAUGAAUCGUCUGGGCAUGAUGAUCGAUCUUUCACACAGCUCGGAUGCAACGGCGCGUGAUGUGCUUCAGGUGACACGAGCACCCGUCAUCUUCUCUCAUUCGGCAGCACGCCAGCUGUGCAACUCGACGAGGAACGUGCCCGAUGAUAUAUUGCGUUUGGUGGCCGAGAAUGGUGGUCUCAUCAUGCUGAGCUUUGACCCAGAGGACGUGGCCUGCGGACGUCAGGCGCGAUUGCAGGAUGUAAUAGAACAUAUUAAAUAUGUGCGAGCCAUUGCCGGCAUUCAACACAUUGGCCUGGGUGCCGGUUACGAUGGCAUUGAGAUGCCCCCGAUGGGCUUGGAGGACGUAUCUAAGUACCCGGAGCUGCUUGCUGCGCUGUUAGAAGAUCACAACUGGAGUGAGGAGGAUGUCGCCAUGCUGGCUGGACGCAACUUUUUGCGGAUCAUGGAAACUGUAGAGACGGUACGCGACUACUGGAAGCGCGCCGCUAUUCAACCAAUCGAGCAGACGGAGCCGCAACCAAAGACACAAUGCACGUAUAUGUCGUCGUGACCACUGCCGCAGGCGGUGAGAACGCGCCGCGAUGAGCCCGUUACCGUGUCCCAUCUGGAGAGGGUCAACCCCAAUCACACCGAGAAGGCGUUAACGGGUGCGCAGCUCUGGCACCAGCUAGAGCCCAUCGCAAAUCAAACGGAAAUGCGCAGCAUGGCAAUGGCGGCCACAGCCACAACAAUGGCAACCACUUUUGCAGUCAGUGGACUUUUGCAGUAGGCAGUAAUUAUUACUCGAGCUUAACUGUCUGCCAGUCUCACUGUCCAUCUGUCUGUCUCUCUGUCUGUCGAUCCGUCUGUCUGUCCAGUAAGCUGAAAAUUGAGUUCAAUCGCUCUUCAUUUAUUUAUUAACAUACAAUAAUAUUCCUCUGACAAUGCACAGGCAAAUGGAAGUUGAAAUAACAUUAUGUUGGCACAGCAAUCAAAACGACGAAAUGACGAUAUAAAUAAAAUCAAGAAGCAUAAAAAUAAGUAUGUAAUAUAAUUAGUACGUUCAUACGUAGAAUACAAAUUUAUAUUCUGACUUACUUAAAGUAGAGAUAUAUGUGGGUUUCAUGUUUUAUUUAAAGGUUGCAAAUAAAUAAUUUAAUACGUAGGCGUACGGAAUCAGUGCUUAUUAUGUUUUAUAAUUAUAAUUAAAUUAUUUAUUGUAAAGAUAUUAAAAAGAAAAAAACAGUUAAAAUACCAGUGGCUAAAGCAUGUUAAAAA